CGCCACUCUCUUCGCGCCAUCUCCCUCUUCUUUCAAUCUUCGGUGACUGAAAUCUGCGUUUCAGGACACAAUAAUGGAUGAAAAAAUGGACCAUAUAUCCGGCUUACCAGAAACCAUACUUCAUGACAUUCUCUCAAGACUGCCAAAGAAAGAUGCUAUCAAGACUAGUGUUUUGUCUAAGACAUGGAGAGAAACAUUGUAUACCUUUCCCAUUUUGUCUAUUUGUGACCGAGGAUUUAUUAGGAAGUUUUCCAAGCGGAAGGAAGAUCAACCAAUUAAGGCAUUCCUUGAUCAUGGCAAGCAAAGAUUGCUGAGGUUCAGUGACCCAGGCUUAGUAAUCAAAGAAUUCAGUCUCAUACUUAGUUUGACCAGCUUUGUUGACCUUCAGCGUAUGUACCCUGAUGUUGAUCAGUGGCUUAAGUUAGCCAGUGAAUGUAGUGUCCAGACCCUAAAGCUUUGCCUGCCUACUUUAAAAGAGGAUGAUCCGUGCCUAUGUUAUAUCUUGCAUCCAGGUGUCAUUGAAGCAAGAUCACUUAAUAAGUUAGUGCUGAAGGGGAGAAUCAGAUUUGACAAAGAAUUCCUGAAUCCUUCAGUCAAGUUUUCCUCACUGUGUGUAUUAUCCUUGUGCUAUGUCCUUUUUGAUGAUAAAGGUGCUAUCAACCAUCUUAUUUCAUAUUGUCCUCGAAUUGAGCAGAUAACCUUGAAGUGGUGUUACAUAUACAACCCUUCAAGAACAAAAUUUUCCUUUAUGAAAUCCUUAGGCAUGCAUGGUCUGCAAAACCUCAAGGGAGUUGAUAUUCAAGGCGUAGAAAACGUUUGUAUUGAUGCUCCAAAUAUUGAGAAAAUAUAUUAUGGUGCUGUCAGUUAUAAGCCCUCUAAGAUAAGUUUUGAUAGUUGCAGAAAUUUGAGAGCUUUGACCUUGAUGAAUAUGAAGAUUGAAUUUGUUAUUACAAACGAGUGGUUUCUUAAUCUUUUUUCUAAAUUUCCUUUCCUUGAGAGUUUGGAAUUGAUUGAAUGUUCCAUGUUUGAUAUCAUUAAUAUUGAAAGUGGUCAACUAAAGGCUUUGGUGUUGUCUAAUUGUUCUACCAUGGAAUUGCUUGAAAUUGACACUCCAAAUCUGUCAUCAUUUCGGUACUAUUUUGCUGGUGACGACUUACCUUCCAUAUCUUUUCGACAAUGUUCUAGUCAACUGGAAGUAAAUGUUCAUCUCCACAUGUUUCCUCCAUUUCUUUACCAGUUGGGGAAAUUUGUCAAACAAUUUAAACCACAAAAAUUCUUGACAUCGCUCUCGCUCUCUAUGCGUCCCGAUGAUGAUCAUUAUCAUGAUUGGGAAGAGGAAGAUGACCCAUAUUCAUUCCCAGCUACAUUCCCUGUGCCAAUCAUUAAACACUUGGUCAUACGGUCUGUUCGGGGAAUUAAAUCUAAUAAGUAUCCGCUUCUUGUGAAUCGCUUGUUCCAUAGUUGGUACCCAGAAACUAUUUCAUUGAGCUUGAACCCUUCUCAUUGCAGUAAAGCAUUCAUUGAGGUACAACAUUAUCUCUAA